GUCGGUGUUGGUUGGAGGGGAAGACAAGCUGGAGAGCCCGGGCAAUCUGAGAUCUGAGCAGCAAUGUGUAAUGUCAAUACAUAGUAUAUAUAAUAUAAUAUAUAAUAAUAUACAAUGUGUAAUGUCAAUACAUAGUAUAUAUAAUAUAAUAUAUAAUAAUAUACAGUGUGUAAUGUCAAUACAUGGUAUAUAUAAUAUAAUAUAUAAUAAUAUACAGUGUGUAAUGUCAAUACAUAGUAUAUAUAAUAUAUAAUAAUAUACAAUGUGUAAUGUCAAUACAUAGUAUAUAUAAUAUAUAAUAAUAUACAAUGUGUAAUGUCAAUACAUAGUAUAUAUAAUAUAAUAUAUAAUAAUAAUAUACAAUGUGUAAUGUCAAUACAUAGUAUAUAUAAUAUAAUAUAUAAUAAUAUACAAUGUGUAAUGUCAAUACAUAGUAUAUAUAAUAUAUAAUAAUAAUAUACAAUGUGUAAUGUCAAUACAUAGUAUAUAUAAUAUAAUAUAUAAUAAUAUACAAUGUGUAAUGUCAAUACAUAGUAUAUAUAAUAUAAUAUAAUAUAAUAAUAAUAUACAAUGUGUAAUGUCAAUACAUAGUAUAUAUAAUAUAAUAAUAAUAUACAUGUGUAAUGUCAAUACAUAGUAUAUAUAAUAUAAUAAUAAUAUACAAUGUGUAAUGUCAAUACAUAGUAUAUAUAAUAUAAUAUAAUAAUAAUAUAUACAAUGUGUAAUGUCAAUACAUAGUAUAUAUAAUAUAUAAUAAUAUACAAUGUGUAAUGUCAAUACAUAGUAUAUAUAAUAUAAUAAUAUACAAUGUGUAAUGUCAAUACAUAGUAUAUAUAAUAUAAUAUAUAAUAAUAUACAAUGUGUAAUGUCAAUACAUAGUAUAUAUAAUAUAAUAAUAUACAAUGUGUAAUGUCAAUACAUAGUAUAUAUAAUAUAAUAUAAUAUAAUAAUAUACAAUGUGUAAUGUCAAUACAUAGUAUAUAUUAUAUAAUAUAAUAAUAUACAAUGUGUAAUGUCAAUACAUAGUAUAUAUAAUAUAAUAAUAUACAGUGUGUAAUGUCAAUACAUAGUAUAUAUAAUAUAAUAUAUAAUAAUAUACAAUGUGUAAUGUCAAUACAUAGUAUAUAUAAUAUAAUAUAUAAUAAUAUACAAUGUGUAAUGUCAAUACAUAGUAUAUAUAAUAUAAUAUAAUAUAUAAUAAUAAUAUACAAUGUGUAAUGUCAAUACAUAGUUUAUAUAAUAUAUAAUAAUAUACAAUGUGUAAUGUCAUUACAUAGUAUAUAUAAUAUAAUAUAAUAUAUAAUAAUAUACAAUGUGUAAUGUCAAUACAUAGUAUAUAUAAUAUAAUAUAAUAUAAUAAUAAUAUACAAUGUGUAAUGUCAAUACAUAGUAUAUAUAAUAUAAUAUAAUAUAUAAUAAUAUACAAUGUGUAAUGUCAAUACAUAGUAUAUAUAAUAUAAUAUAAUAUAAUAAUAUACAAUGUGUAAUGUCAAUACAUAGUAUAUAUAAUAUAAUAUAAUAUACAAUGUGUAAUGUCAAUACAUAGUACAUAUAAUAUAAUAAUAAUAUACAAUGUGUAAUGUCAAUACAUAGUAUAUAUAUAAUAUACAAUGUGUAAUGUCAAUACAUAGUAUAUAUAAUAUAAUAAUAUACAAUGUGUAAUGUCAAUACAUAGUAUAUAUAAUAUAUAAUAAUAAUAAUAUACAAUGUGUAAUGUCAAUACAUAGUAUAUAUAAUAUAAUAUAUAAUAAUAUACAAUGUGUAAUGUCAAUACAUAGUAUAUAUAAUAUAAUAAUAUACAAUGUGUAAUGUCAAUACAUAGUAUAUAUAAUAUAAUAUAUAAUAAUAUACAAUGUGUAAUGUCAAUACAUAGUAUAUAUAAUAUAAUAUAAUAUAUAAUAAUAAUAUACAAUGUGUAAUGUCAAUACAUAGUUUAUAUAAUAUAAUAUAUAAUAAUAUACAAUGUGUAAUGUCAUUACAUAGUAUAUAUAAUAUAAUAUAAUAUAAUAAUAAUAUACAAUGUGUAAUGUCAAUACAUAGUAUAUAUAAUAUAAUAUAAUAUAUAAUGUGUAAUGUCAAUACAUAGUACAUAUAAUAUAAUAAUAAUAUACAAUGUGUAAUGUCAAUACAUAGCAUAUAUAUAAUAUACAAUGUGUAAUGUCAAUACAUAGUAUAUAUAAUAUAAUAAUAAUAUACAAUGUGUAAUGUCAAUACAUAGUAUAUAUAAUAUAUAAUAAUAAUAAUAUACAAUGUGUAAUGUCAAUACAUAGUAUAUAUAAUAUAUAAUAAUAAUAAUAUACAAUGUGUAAUGUCAAUACAUAGUAUAUAUAAUAUAAUAUAUAAUAAUAAUAUACGUGUAAUGUCAAUACAUAGUAUAUAUAAUAUAAUAUAUAAUAAUAAUAUACAAUGUGUAAUGUCAAUACAUAGUAUAUAUAAUAUAAUAUAUAAUAAUAUACAAUGUGUAAUGUCAAUACAUAGUAUAUAUAAUAUAAUAUAUAAUAAUAAUAUACAAUGUGUAAUGUCAAUCCAUAGUAUAUAUAAUAUAAUAUAUAAUAAUAAUAUACAAUGUGUAAUGUCAAUACAUAGUAUAUAUAAUAUAAUAUAUAAUAAUAUACAAUGUGUAAUGUCAAUACAUAGUAUAUAUAAUAUAAUAAUAUACAAUGUGUAAUGUCAAUACAUAGUAUAUAUAAUAUAAUAUAAUAUAAUAAUAUACAAUGUGUAAUGUCAAUACAUAGUAUAUAUUAUAUAAUAUAAUAAUAUACAAUGUGUAAUGUCAAUACAUAGUAUAUAUAAUAUAAUAAUAUACAGUGUGUAAUGUCAGUACAUAGUAUAUAUAAUAUAAUAUACAGUGUGUAAUGUCAAUACAUAGUAUAUAUAUAAUAUAAUAUAAUAUAAUAAUAAUAUACAGUGUGUAAUGUCAAUACAUAGUAUAUAUAAUAUAAUAUAAUAAUAAUAUACAGUGUGUAAUGUCAAUACAUAGUAUAUAUAAUAAUAUACAAUGUGUAAUGUCAAUACAUAGUAUAUAUAAUAUAAUAUAUAAUAAUAUACAAUGUGUAAUGUCAAUACAUAAUAUAUAUAAUAUAAUAUAAUAAUAAUAUACAACGUGUAAUGUCAAUACAUAGUAUAUAUAAUAUAAUAAUAUACAAUGUGUAAUGUCAAUAUAUAGUAUAUAUAAUAUAAUAUAUAAUAAUAUACAAUGUGUAUUGUCAAUACAUAGUAUAGAUAAUAUAAUAUAAUAAUAUACAAUGUGUAAUGUCAAUACAUAGUAUAUAUAAUAAUAAUAUACAAUGUGUAAUGUCAAUACAUAGUAUAUAUAAUAUAAUACAUAAUAAUAAUAUACAAUGUGUAAUGUCAAUACAUAGUAUAUAUAAUAUAAUAUAUAAUAAUAAUAUACAAUGUGUAAUGUCAAUACAUAGUAUAUAUAAUAAUAAUAUACCAUGUGUAAUGUCAAUACAUGGUAUAUAUAAUAUAUAAUAUACAAUGUGUAAUGUCAAUACAUGGUAUAUAUAAUAUAAUAUAUAAUAUACAAUAUACAAUGUGUAAUGUCAAUACAUAGUAUAUAUAAUAUAAUAUAUAAUAUACAAUGUGUAAUGUCAAUACAUAGUAUACAUAAUAAUAAUAUACAAUGUGUAAUGUCAAUACAUAGUAUAUAUAAUAUAAUAUAUAAUAAUAUACAAUGUGUAAUGUCAAUACAUAGUAUAUAUAAUAGUAUACAAUGUGUAAUGUCAAUACAUAGUAUAUAUAAUAUACCAUGUGUAAUGUCAAUACAUGGUAUAUAUAAUAUAUAAUAUACAAUGUGUAAUGUCAAUACAUGGUAUAUAUAAUAUAAUAUAUAAUAUACAAUGUGUAAUGUCAAUACAUAGUAUAUAUAAUAAUAUACAAUGUGUAAUGUCAAUACAUAGUAUAUAUAAUAUAUAAUAAUAUACAAUGUGUAAUGUCAAUACAUAGUAUAUAUAAUAUAUAAUGUAUGUGACAUCAAGAUUAUUCCAUUUGUUGUUGUUAUUAAAAUAUUUUUAUCUUUUACAUAAGGAUUCACAACUAGUAUACUGUAUAUUUUAUUUUGCAUCUUAUUGUGUUAAGUGUUGGGGAAGCACUUUUGUAUUGGUUGUGAUCACUACACAUUUUUAAUUGCACAGUUAUUUGAAGCGCCAGGCGCACUUAUUUAUAAUAUAUAACAGAAAAUUUAUGCCAUACUUACCGAUAUUUUCUUUUCCCAGAUAUAUGCCAUGACAGCACUACGUAUGGGUAUAGCUCCUCCCCUUCUCAUUUGGACAGGAACACCUCCUAAGUAAGAGACUCCCCCCUAUAGCCCUUCAGUCUUAGUUUAAAGCCACGAAACAACACAUGAUUUCAGAAGAGAGUGGGAUCGCAGUGCUGCCAUGGCAUAUAUCCGGGAAAAGAAAAUAUCGGUAAGUAUGGCAUAAAUUUUCUGUUUUCCCCGGAUAUAUCCAUGGCAACACUACAUAUGGGUUAUACCCAAGCUGAAAGGAGUAAGGGAUGGAGAAUAAUAACCACAACGCAUAAAUCCAUGCAAAUACGGUUUAUUGAUCCAUAAACUAUAAGGCAGCAGAGAGGACACUUCUACCAAAUUCUGUGGUAGAUGAACGCACUACAUCCAACUGAUAGUGAUUGAUAAACGUGUUGGAGGACCAUGUUGCUGCCAAACAAAUGCGAUCCGCAGAAAUGUUGGCUGCAGUUGCCCAAGAAGCGACCAAGGAUCCAGUAGAAUGAACUCUAAGGACUUGAGGGACAGGAACUCCGGAGGCUGAGUAGGCCUGACCAAUGGCUGAGAUGAUCCAUCAGCCAAUAUGAGAUGAAGAAGCGGCUUGACCCUUCUUGUAACCUGAAGGAAUAAUAAACAGUCUAGAUAUCUUCCUUAUGUCUGAAGCACGGUUCAGGUAUGUAGAUAAACAGUGAACCAGAUCCAAACAAUGCCAUUUCUCUUCUUCUUCCGAUGAGGGAAAAAGGCUGGCAAAAUGAUGCCCUGAUUCAUAUGGAAAGCAGAAACCACCUUGGGUCUGAAAGCUGGAAUCAUACGAAGGAUCACUCUGUCUUUCUGAAGAAUCAAAAAGGGAGACUCACAGGAGAGAGCGCUUAGCUUGGAGAUUCUUCUACCUGAGGUCAAGGCAAUAAAGGCAACCAACAGAACGGUUUUCAACGUAAGAGUAAGUAUAGAAACACUCUCCAAGGGCUCAAACGGAGAAUCAGAUAAGGCCUGUAAAACCAGAGGUAAAUCCCAAGGAGGGGAGCAAGACCGUACUGGAGGGCGAAGCUUGAGAAUGGCUUGAAAAAAAUCUAGCAAUAUCUGGAUCAAAUGCCAAUUUCCGAUCUAACAGAGCAUAGAUCGCUGAAGUAUGCACUUUUAGGGAGCUGAAACUCAAACCCUUGUCAAAUCUGUCCUGUAAAAAGUGAAGGAUGUCACGGAUACUGGGAGACAAAGGAGAAAUAUUACGUGCCAAACACCAGCUACAGAAGAUUUCCCAAAUACGAUAGUAAGCUGAAGAAGUGGAUUUCUUCCUGGCAUUCAGAAGAGUAUAAAUUACUGAAGAAGAGAAGCCUUUGCUGGAGAGACGUUGCUUCUCAAUUUCCAAGCCCUUAAAUUGAGAGACUGAGGAGAUGGGUGAGAGAUCGGACCUCGUUGUAGGAGACUGAGUUGAUCUGGGAAUUUCAGAGAAAUGUCCAGAGAGAGUUUCUGCAGCAGGGGAAACCAAGGCCGCCUGGGCCAGAAGGGAAUCACUGCGAGAAUUGUCGCUUGCUCCUGCAGGAUCCUUCUUAGCAGGGUGAAAAUCAGAGGUGUUGGGGGAAAACAUACCCCAGAUGGAACUUCCACUCGCAACAGAGAGCAUCCUGGUGUUCCGCCAAAGGGUUGAAGUAACGCGAGAAGAACCUUCCCACCUUGCGAUUCUUCGCUGUGGCCAUCAGAUCUACCUGAGGAAAUCCCCAAUUCUGGACUAUGCGUUGGAAUGCCAGAGGGGCUAACUCCCAUUCUGUGGGAUCCAGGGUUACUCGGCUUAAGAAAUCCGCCACUUGAUUGUUCUUUCCCGGAAGGUAAACUGCCUUGAUCCCCUUCAAAUAAUUCUCUGACCAGGACAUACGUGGGGUCAACACUUUCAUUAAGCGUUUGCUCUUUGUACCCCCUGAUGAUUGUAAGCAACUGCAGAGGUAUUGUCUAUCCUUACUCUCACCCAACUUUGUUUCAGACAAGGAAAGUGCAGAAGAGCCUGGAAGACUGCUUGCAACUCUAAAACAUUCGAGGAUAGAGGAUACUGUUUGUUUUCCCACUGCCCCUGAACAUGAAGAAGGCCCAAAUGAGCUCCCCAACCUGAUUGGCAUGCAUCCGUCGUGAGAGUAACACAAGGGAUAUCAUUCAGAGGAUACCCUUGAUAUAGAUUCUCGUUCAUCAGCCACCAUGCCAGUUCCUUCUUGAUCUCUGAUGAUAAAGAGAUUGCUUGAUUCAGAUCCUUGUUCUCAAACUGGGAUAGAAACCCUUCUUGUGGAAUCCUCAUAUGCCACUGGGCCCAUCUCGUAAGGCCUAUUGUAGAGGACAAACUUCCCAGAAGGCUCAUAAAUUCCCGGGCCGGGAUGGAGUUCAGAGGCAGAAGACAAAGGAUCUUUGAAUACGAAGCCCCCUGUCCAAGAAUAGGGAGACUUGUGACUGGAUUGUGUCGUAUCUUGCCUCUAAGUAUAUCAUAACUUGAGAGGGGGAAAGCUGACUCUUCUUGAGGUUUACCAACCAUCCAAAUUUUUGAAGAAUUAAAAGAACCCGAUCUUGAUGAAGAAGGAGAAUAUCUCUGCUGUGUGAGAGAAUCAAGGUGUUGUCGAGAUAAUGGAAUACUGAGAUGCCUUCCAGAUGGAUAUAUGCUAUUAAGGCAACCAGGAUCUUGGGAGCUGUGCUCAGGCCAAAGGGAAGGGCUCGAAACUGAAAAUGCUGAUGGCGAAUCGCAAAUCUCAGGAACUUCUGGUGUGGUGGAGCAAUAGGAACGUGAAAGUAAGCAUCUCAAAGGUCUAUGGAGAUUAACCAGUUGCCUGGGGAGAUGACUUUUAUAAUGGAACUUACUGAUUCCAUCUUGAAUUUUCUCACAUACAGAUUUUCGUUUAAUUUGUGAAGGUCCAAAAUUGGUCUCCACUCCCCUGAUGCUUUCGGAGUGAGAAAAAGUCUGGAAUAAACCCCCAAUCCUCUUACUUUUGCAGGAACAGGACAUAUAACUCCCUCUGCUGAAAAGGAAGAAACAAAAGAACGAAUAGCCACUGCUUUUUCUGUUUCCAUAGGCAUGCUUGUAGACAUGAACCGGCGAUAAGGGUUUGUCGAGAAUUCCAGGUAGUAGCCAGAUUUUAGGGUCUUUAAAACCAACUUGUCCUGUAUUGCUGGAGCCCAGACCUCGUAGAAGUGAAGAAGUCUUGCUCCCACUCCCAAGGGCUGGACUGGCGUCCCAUCAGAAUUGCUUUGAAGGCUUGCCAUUGCCACCACGUCCUCGGGUGGUUUUGGAAGAGGAAAGUCCACUUUUCUAGGAUUGGAAUCUGGAAAACUCUCUACCAGGUCUGUAUUGUCUAAAAUCCUUGUCCCGAAAGGAACGUCUGUCCUGCGGAAAGGAUCUUUUAGGACAUCUAUCUUGAGGAAGAAAGGCCUUACGUCCUUCUACUGCCUUUUUGAUACAUUUAUCCAGAUAUUUGCCAAAGAGCAUCUCUCCUUGAAAGGGGAGGGAACACAGGCUAUUUUUUGAAGAAUUAUCUGCCACCCAAUUACGUAGCCAAAGAGUACGUCUUGAUGCUACAGUAAGGACCAUGCUUCUGGAGAUGGUUUUAACCAAAUCUAUAGAAGCUUCUGAUGAAAAAUCAAUAGCCAGCUUAACUUUCCUUAAGGAUUCCAGCAGCCUGGAUCUACUGACUCCACUUGAUAUGUCCUCUUCGAGGUCAUCCAUCCACUGCUUCAAGGCUCUAGAGACAGAUGUCAAGGCUACAGCAGGACGAAGCCCAGAGCCAGAGGCUAAAUAUGCUUUGGACAAAUUUGAGUCCAUACGUUUAUCCAUUGGAUCUUUUAAAGUACCGGCAUCAUCCAAUGGGAGGGUGGUCUUUUUGGCUAGUCGGACAAUUGCUGCAUCUACUUUGGGGGCGAGGUCCCAAUAGUUACUGUCCGUAGCCUUAAAAUGGUAUAGUUUAGAAAAAUGACCCUGAAUAGUGAUUCUUUUUUCAGCCUUCUUCCAUUGCUUGCUUAAUGAGGUCCUCAAUGGUCUCAUGCAAUGGGAAAGUAGGAUUGCGCCUUCUCAGGUCAGCAAAAUGCUUACUAGAAGCUGGUUCGUCCACUCUCUUAUCAUUAAGCUCCAAGGUAUCACGAACUGCCUUGAUUAAAGCUUCUAUUUUCACACUGUCUAUAAAGACAGGAGAGGCCCCAUAUUCUUCAUCUUGAGAUGACAACUCGUCUUGCUCAAAUACCGGGGGUACAUAUUUGUCAGAGCUUAAGUCAGCAUAUUGCUCUGGGCUAAAAGAUCUACAUCUUUUCUUAGCCCUCUCAGACUGUCGAAGACCCUCCGAAACUGCUUGAUGGAAGUAAGAAAGAAUAUCUGGAUCUGGUUCAGUAUGGCCUGCCUUUGCUUUAAGACAAGCUAAGCAGAGCCUUUUCCCAGGAAGCACCUUGUCGUGACAAGCUUCACAUAAUGGGGUCUUAUCUUUCUUUUUCUUGUAUGAGGAUCUGUGGGCAGAACUGAAAAUCCUCCAGUCAGAAGUCUGAAAUGCACUCUUUUUAAAAAAAAAAAAUUUUUUUUAUUAGUAUUGUCUCUUUAAAAUUUUUGUAGUGACUUGCUCAGAACCUCUAGAUUGCGACCUAUUUCUCGAAGCCUUACCGGGGGAAUCCAUAGUAUGGGCAGAUAGAAAGAAAUUAGAAUUUCCAGCAACCAAUUAUUGCCUUGAAAAAGGACUGGUGGAAUAGAGAAAUUAUAAUAAAAGGACAAGAAAUGUCACUUACCUGUAGCCAGAAGACAGAAGUUUAAUCCAGUUAUGCAGAGAUACAUCAAACAGCAUACUGACAGAAUAGAAGUGCUUACCUUUUAAAUAUAGGAUGCCGAACCAGGAAGUAAAUACCUCUGCUGCUGGCCUUCCUCUGGUGUGCGUUUCACGUGCGUUCCACUGCUGGAGAGAGGGAAAAGAUAGGCAGAAAAAACGGAAGUGCCGAAACCGGAAGUGCUAGCAAUAUCGGCGUGCGUUCCAUGACCGAAUGGAUCAGCCACAAGGAAACAGGAGCCCCCCCUGGUCAGGUAAGUUCUUGAUCCACUGCCACUUACAACCUGAGGAUAGGGCAGGCCAUCUUUAUUGGGAAAGCCAAGAAGCCCACAUUUUUUGCAGCAAGUAGGUUAACCCUUCUGUGGGAAUUACCACCUCCCUGGGUCUGGCACAACCAGCUGCUACCUAUAGGGUUACUGCAGCAUAGCUACCCGGUCGCUAAGGGGGAGAAUCCUCCAGGGGUUCGCCCUUGGUGAGGCACCGUGUCCUAAGGCUUCCAUGGGGAGAGAGGCUGAACUCCCCAUGGUCCAGGGGUACAAUUAGACCUGAAUAAGUCACAAAAGAAAAAUUUUAGGAGAUGCAACCUCCACUGUCCCUGAGAAGUGGACAGGAAAAAAAGACUGAGUAUAGGGGGGAGUCUCUUUUAUUUAGGAGGUGUUCCUGUCCAAUUGAGAAGGGGAGGAGCUAUACCCAUACGUAGUGCUGCUAUGGAUAUAUCCGGGGAAAUAGUGAAUAAUAUAUAAUAAGCAAUGGUCUAGUAUGUAUAAUAUAUUAAACAAUGUGUCAUGUCUUAUGUCAACUGUUCACAUAUAGCACAUUAUAUAUAUAUAUAUAUAUAUAUAUAUAUAUAUCACAUAUAUAUAAUGUAUAAUACAUAAAGUUUGCUGUGAUUCAAUAUGUAUAUAAGUAAAUAUAGUAUUGUGUCAUUCAGUAUGUAUAAUAUGUCUAGCAUAGGUUUGACUGGAGUCAGUUGGUGUCUCGGUAAGGCAUAUAAAAAAAAUUUGACCCUAGUCAAGACAGAAAACUCAAAUCCGCUGCCUCAUAAUAUUCUAAUAUAACGCCUGAGAAAUGGACAGACUAAGUUAUCAUUUAGAAGGGAAGGUGACCAAACUGAGGGAUAUAUUAUAACAGAGGAGAACAUGUGUGCUUGCUUAGUAGGGGAUGUAGGGGGGUAUCAGUAGGACAACCAGGAGGUGUAGAAAAGGAGAAGUCAGUUGUAAAAAAAAAGUUAGGAAACCAUUUGAUGUUUUAAGGAUGCCAAAAGAAGCUUUGAAGAGGGAUAUAAUGAAACCCCAAGAGCUGAUCCUUAGUGGACAUCUUGAAAGGUGGAAGGGAAGACGAUUUGAUAUGUUGGUCAGGGGAGAGUUGUAUUGUGGAUAUCAAUGAAAUGAAGCCAUUGAGAAGCAUCUGGUAUCAAAGACCAUAUAUUAGUUAAGAAAAUACAAAAUCUUAAUAUUGUUGGGUUAUUAUAGAGCUUUUUCAAAGAGACUCUCAUAGGCUUGAGUCAAGCCACCAUUUUUAAUGCAUUGCAUAGAUAACCCUUUAAAAUUAUAUAUGCACAAACCAUACAUUAAAAAUAAUAAUAUAAAAGAUACUCACAUUUAUACUUCCAAUAUUUGCUGCAAACCUUAAGGCCUUGCAGCCUCUGCAAAGAGGUGUCAUCAAGCAAGCAAGUGAGACAGACAAGCCUAAUGUUCACCUAAAUAGUGCUUUAUAGGCUAGUAGAAGUAUCGAGGAGAUGUAGUUGAAUAUGACAACUACGUACUGUUGAAAGCUAAAAGCUGAACUACAACUCACUUAAAGACACUAUUAAUUACAUCAUUAUGUGUACAAAAAGGAAAGAAUCAUGGCUAUCAGAGACCCAAAAAUCAAACGAUAGCAUAGCAGGAUAGUCCACAUUACCAAUCCUUAGAGUGGCCGGGCCUCAAAGGGAGCCUUUAGUAGAUAACAAGAGAAUGGUGACAUACACGAGCCAAGGACAAGGAGUAAAGAAAAUCAGAAAAAAAACAAUACAACUAGCAUUAAGUCAAAGAUAAACAAGCCAAUACCACAUUUAUUUAUUUUUUCAAAUAUCUGUUUUUUAUUGUUUUUAUACAUCAUGACAAUUAAACGGUAGUGUGGAUACAGAAAAAAAAAAAGGAGGUGGGGGAAAUCAUAAUGAGAGGGGGGGGUACAGUUCACUGUGAUGCAUAUACAUUUACAGAGCGCAUAGCACAUAUACAGAGCGCAUACAUUCCAUAACGUUGAGGUUGUAAGAUAACGUUGGGGUUAUAAAAUUUAUGUUCAUGGUCGAGUUUGUAAUAACCUUCAUUGGACUCUGCGUACCAACAGUGUUUUAAGCACGUUGCUAUUGCCAUACGCAGUCGUCAAAUUAUACAGCUUUUAUAGCUUUGCUAUUUGCGUUUCUAUCAGCUUGCUCCCUGCUCAGGGGUUUUGCUCCCUGCUAGUCUGCGGCUAUGUUGCAUAAUCUCCUCGACUUCGCUACUUUUUUAAAGACCUUGUCGUCAACUGCCAGCAAGUGUGUUACAUACUGUUAGGAUGUCCUGCUCAGUCGUGCCGCUACGAUUGUUCCUAGAGUCAUCUUAUCUUAUGUCUCAUUCUCCUUCCCUUGAGGACCAGCAUUCCCACUCCCGCUCCCUUCUGUGUUCAUUACCCUGUACCCUGCCUGCCAUUCGUUCGUAAGAGCAGAUCGUGUCUAUUCUUUGGCAUAUAUUUUCCAUUGUUGAUACAUUCUUAGUUUUCCAAUGGGAGGCUAUAUUGAUUUUUGCCACGGUAAGGAUAUUUAGUGCCACUGUUCGAUUUGCGUGGUGCGCUAAAUCAGGGGCUAUGUGUAGAAGGUAUCCUUUUGCAUCUUUGGGGAUUGUGCAGUGUGUUAUGGUAUGUAUCAGUGUGCCCACUUUAUCCCAGUACUCCCCAGGGCAGGGCAAUCCCAGAAUACAUGUAGCAUCGUACCUCUACUUUCCUCACAUCUCCAGCAGUUCGCAGGUGCAUCCGCGUAGAUGCGCGACAGCCUGUGCGGUACUAAGUACCAACGCAUCAUUAUUUUACAAUAUGCUUCCCACAGCGACAGGCUGCUCGAUGCGCGUUUAGUGUUGCGCAGCGCCUCGUGCCAUUGUGCUAAAGGAAUCGAGGUUCCCAGUUCCUCCUCCCAUUUGGUCAUAUAGGAGAGUUUCCCUGCAGUAGGGCCUUGGAGGAUGGUGCCGUAGCAUAGGGCUAAGGGCUAAGGGCUUCGUGCACGUGUGUGAUAGUAUUUGUUGCGGUUGUAGUGCCCCCUGGGGAUUCGGGUCCAGCCCCCUAUUUAAUGCCGUGAGAAGGACGCUUUUCACUCUUAGGUAUAAGAACAUGUCCCUCGUGCUUAAUGAGUAUUUCUGUUGAAGCGUGGGGAACGGUAUGAUUUCUGAGCCUUCGCAUAGAUCUCCCACCCGGGCUAUACCUUUGUCAGCCCACGUUUUCAGUGACAGGUCGGUUGAUAGCGCCCCCAGCGUUUCCACUGGUGCGGAUCUAAGUAAUGUUGCUGUUCCCACUAUGUGUUUACCCCAGGACACCCAGGACCGUAUUUGGAAUUCAGUGCAACGUAGCUUGGGUUUAGUUGUUGGCAGGGGAUAAGAAUGUGUCCACAGAGAGUGGGUCAGGUCAUAUGGCUGCAGGCAGGCGUUUUCUAAUUCUAGCCACAAUGGUUGAAAGCCGGCAUUUUUUGGUUGUAAUAAUCGGAUGCUUUGGGCUAAUGUUGUAGCCCUAUAAUAACCCCUUAUGAUGGGGAGGCCCAAUCCUCCUCUGUCAUAGGGAAGUCCCAUGCUAUUUUGCGCCACUCAAGGUGGUUUCCUCUUCCAGAUGUGCCCGUUUAUCGUAGAUUGGAACAUGGUUAUUAGUUUGUUUGGCAGCGCUAUGGGGAGUGUGCGGAAUAAGUAUAUGAUCAAGGGCAGUACCAUCAUUUUGAGCGUAUUGAUGCGCCCCAGCCAGGACACCUCUAGGUCAGCCCAUUUCUCUAAUGUCCCUUUUAUCUUGUGCAGCACGGGGUAGUGGUUCUCUUUCUGGAUUGUUUGGAGGGAUUUGGUUAAUUUUAUUCCUAGGUAGGUCAGGUUAUCCCGUCGCCAAUCAAACUGAUGCUGUUUUAUUAGCUCGGACACCUCCUUUUGUGGAAGAUUUAUGGGAAGAGCCUGGGUUUUGGUGAUGUUAUUUUUAUAGUAAGAUGUUUGACCAUAUCUCCCUAGGAGUGUCAGUAACUCCGGGAUGGAGGUGUCUGGUUCUGUAAGAAAGAGAAGUAUAUCAUCUGCAAAGAGCGCUAGCUUCUUUGUACCCCCUGGUGUGUUCAACCCUUUGAUAUGCUCAUUCUGCUUAAUCAGUCGUACUAAUGGCUCUAGGCACAGUAUGAAUAUGAGCGGGGAUAAUGGGCAGCCUUGGCGUGUGCCGUUGAGGAUGUCGAAGGGGUUCGAAAGGAAGCCUGUAUUGAAGACUUUAGCAAAGGGUCGGUGGUAGAGCGACAAUAUGCUACGGAUGAACUCGGGGGGGAUAUUCAUGGCCGCUAGGGUACUCUCCAUGUAGCCCCAGUGCAGGCGGUCAAAUGCCUUUUCUGCAUCUAAGGCGAGGAGCAGCCCCUUUUGGGAGGACUGGUUGGCCCAAUCUAUGAUAUUUAGAAAUUGUCUGGUGUUAUCCCCCACCUGUCUUCCAGGUACAAAUCCUGCCUGCUCCGCGGAGAUUAGUGUUGACAACAGGGGCCGAAGCCUCGCCGCCACUAGUUUUGCGUACAGUUUUACAUCCGCAUUGAGGAGGGAGAUUGGCCGUAAAUUGGCGCACAUCGUGGGUGUUUUGUUGGGUUUGGGUAGGGUAACAAUGUAUGCUCCCAACAUGUCCCGUGGUAUGUCGCCUGAGUUUUUUAUGGAAUUAAAUAGCGUUGUUAGGUGGGGAGUAAGUUGUGGCGCUAGCUUUAUGUAGUAGUAAUUGGACAGGCCGUCUGGGCCGGGUGCUUUAUGCUUAGGGAGCGUACGUAUCGCCAAUUCUACUUCUUCCUCAGUGAACGGUUGUUUGAGUGAUUCCGCUUGGGCUGGUGACAGACGGGGGAGGGUUGCUUGCGCUAUGAAUUGCUCAAUUUCCACCCUGGUGGGUUGAUGUGUCCCCGGGUCCCUACCCAGUUGGUAUAGGUUUUCGUAGUAGUGCGCGAGUUCAUUUACUAUGUCUUGGGGAUGGUAAAGUUUCGUCCCUAGUGAGGAGGUGAGGUAUGGUAUUUUGGAUUGUAUAUAUUUCUGUUUUAGUUUGUUAGCUAAGCGUUUGCCCGCUUUGUUCCCUGUCAUGUAGUAAGUUUGCUUAAGGUAGCGCAUGUGCCUCUCAGUUAUUUUUAGCUGUUCUGCUUCUAAUUUUGCUCUUAGGGACGUUAGUUGUUUAUGAGUACGUUUAGUUGGGUUGGCUUUGUGUUGGGUUUCAAGCGUGGAAAUUUCCCGCUCCAUGCCCAGCUGUGCGUUUUGAUGAUGUUUCUUUGUUAGGGAGCCAAUUUGCACAAGGUGUCCGCGCAUGACCGCUUUGUGCGCUUCCCAUUGGGUCGUCAGUGGUGUCGUGCAGUGUUCAUGAUCUGAGAAGUAGUGGUUUAGAUGGGUGACAAGGGCCUUGAGGUGCUUGGGGGUGUCCAAUAAUGCCUCAUUUAGUUUCCAUGUGCCUCUUCCUCUAGCGGGGUGGGGUGUUUUCAUUGUGAUUAUCAUGGGUGCGUGGUCUGACCAGGUGAUGGGCCCAAUCUGCGCUUUAAGCGCAUGUGAUAUGGUGCGUUUGUCAAAAAGACACAGGUCUAUUCUGGAAUAUGUCAUGUGAGGUUGUGAAUAGAAUGUGUAAUCCCUAUCUGUGGGGUAUAGAUUGCGCCACACGUCAUAAUAGUCAUGAGUGUGUAGUAGGCUGGAAAGGUGGGUUCCCAGGGAGAUCGAUCUGCUCUUUGGUGUUUUAUAGUUCGUUCUACACAUGUCCAUGUGCGGGUCUGGUGAGCAAUUAAAGUCUCCACAGAUCAGUGUGUGGCCCUGCUUGUACCGAUCUAUUUUCCGGAAGGCCGUGGUCAGGAAGGAUUUCUGAGAGUCAUUCGGGGCAUACAGAGAUGCCACCGUUAUCUGGAGGCCGUUUAGGGACCCCACUAGUAUCAGUAGCCUCCCAUCUUUGCCUGUGUAUUGUUUGGUGAGGGAGAAUGCCCAGUCUCUGUGGAAGUAAAUCGAUACUCCCUUGGAUUUUGUGUUGGCCAUGGCAUGAAAUUCCUGGGUAUAGUGCUUUAUCUGGAAUUUGGGUGGAGUACGUUUGCGAAAGUGUGUCUCCUGUAAGCAGACUAUUGCCGCUUGUGUUUUUAAAAUUUCGCAAGCAGUCAUCCUACGUUUGUGGGGGCUGUUAAGGCCUUUUACAUUCAGCGAAAGUAGCUUGAGUGAGUCACCCAUUGUCUGUUGUUGGGCUAACGCUAAAUGAGUAGCUGCCCUGGUGUGGGUUGAUGAAGUAAGUGGCAUCACUAGUGAACCGAUAGGUGAAGGGUUUUAGAGAAGAGUGUAAGGAGAAAAAUAAGUAUUUACAGUUUUUUAACACCUCCCUAGGCGUUAUCCUCGACUGAGGUGUGAGCAGGUCAAUUUGUCCCCUCAUCACGAUCAGUCUUGGGGGGGUUGUAUGGUGAGGAGUGACGAGUAGACCCUCUACCUUCCCUGUUUGCCCGCCAGUGCAAUCCCGCCUUUAGGAGCUAUACUUAUGUGGCUACCUCCUGCAUGACCGCACCCUAUUGUCCCGUCACCGGAUAGGGGCCGCGUAUACCCGUGCCUCAUUUCCGUCAUGGGGUCAGCGUUUGUUACUCUGGUCGUGUCGUGGUGCACGAUGCUCCCCUGCGUGCCCCUUCUGUGUAACGGUCCCUGCACAUGCGUAAUACAAAUGGGACAGCAGAUGUUUUAAACCUCAUCAUUUGUUGCAUUGUUCGAGCUCCUUAGUGAUGUGAGGCUUUCCACUAUAGCUCAGCUUUGUCAUUGUGUGGCCCUCCAUCCCCACGGCCCCCCCGCCUGCUGUUCCCUCCUGUUUGCCACUGCUUGCUCUAGUGAGAUUCCCCACCCUGCCUGGGAAACCAGUUGCUUCGGUGCUGCAGUCCUAGUAGUGCUCACCUGGCACCUAAUUGUCAGGUUCCGGUUGGGACAUUGACAGGAGUACCAUAUUAAGACGGGGGGGGGGGGGCAUAAUGCCGAAGUGGCCAUGCAUCCUAUGAGCCCCAAUCUCAACCUAUCCCUCUGUAGAGUGCGCGCUUGGUCGUGCGCUGAUGGGGGCAUUCGUACCCGGGGACUGCCAGUUUCCAGGGGUGCUGUCCUACAUUCGCGGGUGUGGUAUACGGUCUGAGCUAUACCCUGUCUCUCUAGCAUUCUGCCCUCCUCAUAUACCAUCAACAUUUACAGGGUAUUGUGAUCAUAGUCUCUGGAGCCAUCCAGCCCGUCCCCCCGGGCCCUAUGGUACAUUUAACUGGGCCUUCGCGCAAGCUCUGUGACAACAUUUGAACAUGAACAAUAUUAACCAUAUAAAGAAAAGGAUAUUCCUGUUUCACACAGUUCGUUGAUCUUUUAGUCUUUCCAAUUUGGCGGCUAAACAGGCCUUCAUCCUCAAAUACCACCAAUAUUUACACUGAAUUAUAUCAUAGUCUCUAGGGCUAUCCAGCCCCUCUCUCUGGGCACUAUGGUACUUUUAACAGGGCCUGUGCGCAAAAGCUAUAACACUAUUAUAACACGAGCAAUAUUAACCAUACAAGUAAAAGGAUAUUCCUGUGGCACCCAGCGCGUUGCUCUGGGCCUUGCCUUUGAGCGGCUAAUCGGGCCGUCAGUUCUUUCGGGUUUUGCUAGGUGAGCCCACCAUUUGCCAGUCCUCUUGCAGCCGUCGCUGCGGUGAUCCUCUGCGUACUUCAGGCUCCUUGUAAGGGAAGAGGCCCCAUUCCGCCAGUAAUCUCAUACCCACUUCGGGUUCUUCUGCUAUGUGAUUCUUCCCCCCUUUCCACACAAUCACCUUCGUGGGGUAUCCCCAGCGGUAGGGUAUAUUGUUAUUCCGCAACGUUUUUGUUACUGUGAUGAAGUCCCGUCGGCGGGCCAUGGUGCAGACAGGUCCGCGUACAGUUGAAUUGUUUCGUAGGGGUCAGGUAAUUUGGGAAGUUUCCGAGCCGCGGCGAGCAGAGUCUCCUUUGCUCUAUAAUAAUGAAAGCGUACCACCGUGUCUCUCGGCGUAUCUUGAGCGAGUCUCGGUGGGCGCGGGAGACGGUGGGCCCUGUCCAUGAGCCACUCUGAGUCCACAACGUUUGGCCUUGCAGAUUCCCAACAAGUAGGCCAUAAGCGCGUCCCGCGAGACAGAUUCUGGGAUCCCCCUGAAUCGGACGUUUUUCCUGCGGGAUCUGUCCUCCAUAUCAGCCAAUUUCCUCUUAAAUUGUUGGUGUUCCAGUGUUAUCUGAUGCACCGUCUCUGCUAAAUCAUUUUGUUCUGCGCUAAGUGCGUCGGAGCGGGCCUCAAGGCGGUUGGUACGCUCACCGAUAUCAUUGAUGUCUUUCCUCAGUUCGCUUGUGACUUUUUUGAAGUCAUGCUGGAGCGAUACUCUGAAUUCUUGGAGCAUGGUAUAUAAUCUCUUUUCGGUUACGGGCGCAUCUGUGUAGUGGCCUAUAUCGCCCUCCUGUUCUUCUUGUAGCUCAGCUCCUUGAGAGGCCUGCGGACCCUCCUCGCCGUCUUGCGUAGGCCGCACUUUAUCUUUUUUAGCGCUGCGGACCGGGUCCGUGAGUUUUGUCUGCUUCGCCGGUGCCAUCAUGCACAGUGAGGUAGGUAAUACGUCUGGGGGCACUUUGGCGGCGUUAUGCUGCGGUUUGUCACGCUGUUGGGGUCUUUUUUCGCCGGAGCUCCUACUCCAUGCGGCCGUCCACCUCGGUAGUUGGCCACGCCCCUCCAAUAUCACAUUUAAAGGAAAAACAACAAGGAACAACAUUGGGCUAAGCAGAACUAACAGGACGUCUGCGUCCUGAGGAGACCGGUUUAAAUACCAUAAUAUUUACAAAAGUUGGGGAAUAUUCUGCGAAUAGAAUUUAGUAAUUCGAAUAAAGCUUGACGUUUGCUUUUUAGGUAAAAAAUGAUUUUCUAAUAAACACUACCCCUCUACUCCCGUUGGCUCAGCCAGCUCUGCAUCAGGGUGAGUUUCUAUUGGUAAUAAACAUUCCAGUGCACCAAAAAAUGCGCGAAGAAUGAGGAGUGAGUUGUAGAAAUUUUGAUGCAGGAAUGACGUGAACUCCCAUUUGUAUAAAGUGCCAAAUGGGCUCAGCGUCCAGAGUGAUGCGCGGUGUGACAAUUACACAGAGGGGCGGUCACUGCCUGCAUGACAGUAAGAAGAAUACAAAACACUGCGUGUACCUAGAAUUGUCCUUUAACCACACAUCAAUAGAGUGAUUGGAGAUGGUCAGGAUUGUCAUUAGAUGGGUUUAAUCUGCCGUUAUAUGCCAUUCCCACAACUAAUUUUAGAAGAAAACCAAAGAAAAGGCACUGGCUGCUUCUUAUAAACCCUGGAGCAGGGAUGGCCAAAAUCCCAUCUGUUCUAGAACUACAACUUUUGGCUGGCAUGGGAGGUGUAGUUCUGCUGCACCUGUGGCUGCACACCUCCCCCCUGGAUAAGUCAUUUCCAGAGAAUAUAUCUUUAACUGUGUGUUUCCUUUUUCUCUCUUACAGUAUGACACUAGCUAAUAGAAUUUGGCCAUGGAAGAUUCUGAAGAUAAAUGCCUCACUGUAAAAGAAAAAGUAAAGGUGAGUAUUUGCAUCAAACAAAAAUGAUGCUCUAAAACAGGGCUGUCCAACCUGCGCCCCCCAGAUGUUGCUGAACUACAACUCCCAUGAUUCCCUGGCUAUCUGUUUCAUUGAAAGAAUCAUAGGAGUUGUAGUUCAGCAACAUCUGGGGGGCCGCAGGUUGGACAGGCCUGCUCUAAAAUGUAUUGACUUGGAAGUAGAAAUAUUCCCCUGAUGAGGAUUCCAUGGGCCUUCCUGGCUUGUAGUGGCUUGAAGCUUUUAGGUUUGGCUAGCAGUGUAGGAUAUUGAUAUUUCCUGACAGAUGUAUGCAAAUGCAAUCUUCUCAUAAAUACUACGAUGAGGUAUUUUUUUAAAGUGUAUCUGUUGUCUCUCCUUAUAAUUCCAUUUUGUGUGUACCGGUAUAUUGAUUUUAGUCCAAUUUCACAUUAUUGGUGCCUUUCACUAAUUACUGAGUGUAGGUAAUUGAAAACCUAAUUUCAAGAUUUGAAUCCGAUUUUUGAAAUGAUAAUCACACACAGACUUGUGAAUUCUAAUCUUUUCUAUUUUUCUAACUUUCUACAGCUAAAGGAAAAACUUGCUUUGUUGAAGAAAGAAUACAAGAAAACGUUUAAUCGCUUGCAGGUGAGCAUAAGGUUCUGUGAAAUAUAAGGUUUUCUAAUAACUAGUAUGACGUUCUCUGAUAAAAUGUGUUAUUGGGCGUAUUCUCAAUGUGAACUGGACACAAAUCCAUUCUGCUCCUGUUUAGAAAAAGUUGCGAUCACUGAGCUUUAAAAUGUACAUGUGAUACGGAAUAUUCCAUAUCAUGACUUUUGUUAAAUUUUACGUAUAGGUGAUGUUAACCAAAUUUCUAGCAGAUUAGCAAAUUCAAUUUAUGGUUAUCAGUUUUAUUCUCCAAACUGUGAAUCGUUUGCAAUUCAAAGUAAAUUUCACAUUUUGUACCACAAUUGCUAACCGAAAACAGCUCGCCUGGGGAAUUUUUACCAAUUUGGCUUUUUAUUGCCCAAAAAUUGAAAUGCACUUAGAAUCCUGCCAAUUCACACAUUGCUAAAUAAGUCCGGAUUUUCUAUUGGUUGCUUGUCUAUGCUGGUGCCCAGCAUUAAGAACUCUAAUUAUAUAAUUGCCGCAGUAGGGAUACAUUAUGAUAUAUACCCAAAUUCUUUUUUUUUUUUUGGAUGGUGCAAAAAGUAUUUGAAGAUGUCGUACCCUAUCCAUCUUAGCUCACAUCCAAUCUGAUAUGUGCUGGACGAUCUAUACAAUGACUAGCAGUAUUUACUUUGAGUUUGCAAAUUGACUAUUACACUUAAUUUGCCUUAUUGAUCUGUUCUUGUCGGCAAAGUCAGUACUUUAUAAAUGUAUUUAAUUGGAUUUGCUUCUCAUAUGUGGGCUAGUAUGGAAAUGGCAUUGCCUGGGGACUGAGUGCGCCUUUUGUACGGUUUGUGUUUAAUGACCUAACUUAUUGGCCAAUUUUUUUUCUGAUUGUGGACUUCAAAUAUCAGAGUUUACUUUAUAUAUAAUAUUAAGAUCAUCAGCAUUGACAUAUUUAUCUAUAGACAGAGAGGCAAUUGCUACAACUGUUCAAACUUUAAAAGGUUCAUCUUAUUUCUCUUACACAGAGAUCGCAAAGAGCCGAGAGAGUCAAAGCUCAUGUGAAGAAGACUAUAGAGGAGCAGAAUCGUUUACGAAGACAAGACCGUAAAGAAACGCUUACAGCAGGUGUGUCCCGGGAGAAUGUCACCAUUCCUUCAUUCUAUGUGUGUUAGCUGAACUCAUCGUGUCAUAGUGACACAACAUUUAACCUACACGUUGAGCAAGUUGAAUUGAUAGCAAAUAGUUUUUACUUAAAGAGACAGUGGCGGUUGGAGUAUAUUUAUAUUUUGCAUUACAUAAUAAUUUAAAUGGGAAAAUACUUUUAGGGCAAAAGCCAUUUUAUUGAAAGCCAUCAUGUUCAAACUUAUAUUUCCCGAAGCGAACCUGCUGAAAAAAUGGCAAACCAACCUCUGCUCAUUUUUUUUAUAUAUUUUUUAUGCAUGCGGAUAUGUCUGUGUUAAUAUGUGCCUUUCUAGAAUUAUUAACAUUAAUAGCAGAUGCUGUACUAAAUAAAAUAAUUACCAUUGUGUACUUGAGGCGUGUGACACAGUACAUGUUUAUAUAACAAGAUAUUAUGUUUGCGCAAGGAAAAUAAAUACCAUUAAUAUUAAUACCGAUACAGAUAAGAUUAAUGGUGAUCUAUUAAGAGUCCGGUCAUCAUGGCCUGCUCCUUAUAUAGGUUAUGGUGUAAGUUGGUCCACCUCUUCCUGUCUUUCUUUUCCUAGUUUCUCGUAACUACAGUAAUACAGCGAGGGGAAAAAAAUAUUUGAUCCCCUGCUGAUUUUGAACGUUUGCCCACUGACAAAGAAAUGAUCAGUAUAUCAUUUUAAUGGUAGGUGGAUUUUAACAGUGAGAGACAAAAUAACAAAAGAUAUCUAGAAAAAUGCAUGUCAAAAAAGUUAUAAAUUGAUUUGCAUGUCAAUGAGUGAAAUAAGUAUUUGAUCCCCUAUCAAUCAGCAAGAUUUCUGGCUCCAGGUGGCUUUUAUACAGGUAACGGGCUGAGAUUAGAAGUAUUCUCUUAAAGGGAGUGCUCCUAAUCUCAGUUUGUUACCUGUAUAAAAGACACCUGUCCACAGAAACAAUCAAUCAGAUUCCAAACUCUCCACCAUGGCCAAGACCAAAGAGUUGUCUAAGGAUGGCAUGGACAAGAUUGUAGACCUACACAAGGCUGGAAUGGGCUACAAGACCAUCGCCAAGCAGCUUGGUGAGAAGGUGACAACAGUUUGUGCGAUUAUUCGCAAAUGGAAGAAACACAAAAUAACUGUCAGUCUCCCUUGGUCUGGUGCUGCAUGCAAGAUCUCACCACGUGGAGUCUCAAUGAUUAUGAGAAUGGUGAGGAAUCAUCCCAGAACUGCACAGGAGAAUCUUGUUAAUGAUCUCAAGGCAGCUGGGACCAUAGUCACCAAGAAAACUAUUGGUAACACACUACACCGUCAAGGACUGAAAUCCUGCAGGACACACAAGGUCCACCUUCUCAAGAAAGCACAUGUACAGGGCCUUCUGAAGUUUGCCAAUGAACGUCUGAAUGAUUCAGAGGAGUACUGGGUGAAAGUGUUGUGGUUAGAUGAGAGCAAAAUCGAGCUCUUUGGCAUCAACCCAACUCGCCGUGUUUGGAGGAGGGGGCAUGCUGCCUAUGACCCCAAGAAGACCAUCCUCACCAUCAAACAUGGAGGUGGAAACAUUAUGCUUUGGGGGUGUUUUUCUGCUAAGGGGACAGGACAACUGCACCGCAUCAAAGGGACGAUGAGCGGGGCCAUGUACUAUCAAAUCUUGGGUAAGAACCUCCUUCCCUCAGCCAGGGCAUUAAAAAUGGGUUAUGGAUGGGUAUUCCAGCAUGACAAUGACCCAAAACACACAGCUAAGGCAACAAAGGAGUGGCUCAAGAAGAAGCACAUUAAGGUCCUGGAGUGGCCUAGCCAGUUUCUAGACCUUAAUCCUAUAAAAAAAAAUCUGUGGAGGGAGAUGAAGGUUCGAGUAGGCGACUCCAGGAUCUAAACAUCAGCCUCGAAAAACCCUAAUGACUUGGAGAGGAUCUGCAAAGAGGAGUGGGACAAAAUCCCUCCUGGGAUGUAUGCAAACCUGGUGACCAACUACAAGAAACGUCUGACCUCCAAGUACUAAGUCGAAGAGGUCAAAUACUUAUUUCACUCAUUGACAUGCAAAUCAAUUUAUAACUUUUUUGAAAUGUGUUUUUCUGGAUUUUUUUUUUCUUUUUCGUUAUUCUCUCUCUCACUGUUAAAACACACCUACCAUUAAAAUUAUGGACUGAUCAUUUCUUUGUCAGCGGGCAAACAUUCAAAAUCAGCAGGGGAUCAAAUACUUUUUUCCCUCACUGUAAGCGCCUCCUCCACGCAAAUAAGACACAGCAGAAAACAUAUGGCCUCCUCACCCUUCCAUGCUCAGUAAAGUACCUGUACUUGCUCAUUGGACAACAGUACCCACUAACUAAAACUGUCUCAUUCACAUGUUUUUGUAAAUUUCCCUCUUGUUCUAUCGGCCUUUGGAGCUGUGUUGCUCUCAGCUCAUGCAGUAGUUCCAUUCAUGUUUUCUGAUGAUUGGAAGUUUACAGGUUAUAUUCAGCACUCUGAUUGAAAACAGUCAGAUGUCUAGGAUUGCUGACAGUGGUGUCAGUUACUUCCUGAUUUAGACAGAGCACAAUGGCAGAGGUUGCAAAUACCAGAACAUAUUUUUUUCUUCUUCUUCUAAAUGGUGCAAUUUUAGUUUUUUUUUUUUUUUGUUUUUUUUUCCUGUAUGUUUAAAUGCAUAGUUUCUAUAAUGCAUGAAAAAAUGGGAUCUAAUACAGCCUUGGGAAUGCCUUAAGGGUUUGUAUUUUCACACUUUGUGUCUCUCAAGCUUUGAUUUAGCUGGGUAUUGUAGUCCGUACUGCUACCACUACAUACAAGGGGUGUCUGUCUGACAUUGGUUUUCCAAGUGUCUGGUAAUCAUUAUUUUCCUUCGUUUUCAGUUUUGUGGCUCUUGUUUUCCAUUUGUUGAUCAUUUGUUUCAUUUUUAUGCCACAGAACCACCAUGCAUUUCUGCCAGCACCCUAGGAGAUGUCAUCGAGCCCCAAAGAAGUUGCCAACCCCCGCAAGCUGACAAAGCGAGAGAGUCCCAUGUUACAUUUAAUGCGGACCCCGAAAUACAUUGUGCAGGAGCCAGCUCCCCUCAGGAUUUCGAGAGAGCUCUUGUUGGGCAAGGCAAUCCUUUUACACCCAAGGGUCAGGGCAACCGGGAUCAGACUCCAAGAAGCCGACUGAAGUUAAAUAGAUCAAAGAAUCGAGACUCCUUUGUAGAAUCUUCACAAACAAGUAUCUGUCUGCCCAGCAGUUCUUUGAGUGAGUCAGGACGGCUACGGCAUGAGGUGCCGAGCUUGUAUAACCCAUCAUCACCUGUGUGUAUAAAGCAAACUAAUUUGCACAAUAUUAGUUUAAAGGCAGAUGGAGCUGGGGUGGCAGCCAGCCAUCCCUUACCUAGUGACUGUGCCAAGAAUCGGAAACCUGCAGGUACCACUAAUGUAAAUAAAACUGACCCUGUUCCCAGCACAUUGAUUGCCAGAGGUAAUUCUAUAGGUGAAUGCCACCAUCCUGGUGAUCACACAAAACGCACAUUUUUACUUUCUACAGAUGUGGAGGGUAUAUCAACCAUAGACACUGCGGAGAAACCCAGGGGAAGUAAACAGAACACCAAAGAAGGGCAAAAGAGACAAUCUGGUUCUAUCAUGAAAUGUCCCAUGGAGGAAGCUGCCAGCAGAGCCUUUAAUAAUGCUGGCGAGCGUAACACUACACACAACGCACUACAAGAUUCAGUCGAACAGAAGCCUCUUCAGGUAGACAAUGUGGCCCAAAGAGAGUCCAGUUUAACGGGCGAGCAGAGUAGCCCACUCAGUUCUUGCACUCUUGUAGAGGGGCUUUUAUUCCCCGUGGAGUAUUAUGUAAGAACAACGCGGCGUAUGUCCAGCUGUCAGAGGAAAGUGGACCUAGACGCAGUGAUCCAGAGCCAACUUGGCACCGGCAGGAGAGCUUCGAGAGGGAGAGCAAAGCAGGAGAAAGGCAACGUGGCACAGGAUUGCUCCCUAAUGUCUCCGUCACCUCAAGGUCUUAUAGAACAUGGAUCUGUUGCCAGCAGAACAUCACAGACACCUCUAAGUCACCCACCCACAGGUAGAUCCCGUGGCAGGAGGAGAAAAUGUAAAGGGAGUAGUCCACCCAUUAAAAUGCAGCCUUUGGCAGCUUCUCCUGAUCUUAAGGACCUCUCUGUCCAGCUUGAAUUUGCUGGCCUUACAAGUGGAUCGCAAAGUGAAAAAGAGAACUGUGAGGGGCGAGCCCUGACGGGAACAGAUCCACAGGUCAACCCUGUGUGUUCUACCACUGAAGCAGGAAAGUCGAGGGUUACAGAAGGAUCCAAUCCGGAAGAGGACCAAACACUGCCAGCUGGACAAAGCAUGUACACGUUACGACCACGGAACUCUGCUAGCUUUCAUGGUGAGCCUUUGCAGAAAAACCUGGAAAGCUUUGAAAGCGACCUAUCCAUCCACAAAGCAUUAAAACAAGACCCUAAAUGUGCAGGUGAGUCUUAACCAGCAAGCCACUAAUAGUUAUUCACUGAACUGGGAAUUGUCCAGAAUUCUCCAGGGAAAAUUUCUAUUUAAUGCCAAACUAGUCAAAAUGGAAAAAUUCUCCUAGUGAAACUGUCUUCAUUUCAGCUACUUUGGCCUAAAAAUUUAAAUUAAAAAAGUUUCUAACUUGAAUAAACAGCCUGUUUCUGUGAUACUGGGAUUUUAAAGAUCAAAUAUUGGUCUGGUAUGCUGGAAGCUUUGGCUAUUGAAUCAAUGUUAAUAAUAUGGAGGGAGGAUUGUAUUCACUGAGCAGUGACUUGUGAUGAAUUGAAAAGAAAAACUAAAAUAUAGGUGAAAGAUGAAAACUAGCUAAUUUUCUAAUUCACUAUCUGGGCCUCAAUUUUGCUGCUCCAUAGUUGGCUCUCAACAAUUCACUGUUUAGUAAAUAACUCCCUAGGGUAAGAGCACUUAUAAAAAUAUAAAACUGCAGGUUUUGCUAAAUUCUAGUACUGUUUGUGUGCUCUUUUGGGUACAAAACUAUUUAAUAACCAAUAAAUCAUAUGGGGAGAUGAUUCCAAAAGUUCUCUCCAGCUUUUUCCACUGACAGCAUUAUCGGAGGUGUAGUUAUAGGAAAUCUUGGGGUCACCGUUUUGAACACCCCACUUUAAAUCAACCCCUUGUCCAUUUCAAAUAAAUUAUUGGGGCACACGUAAGCACCCAUAAAUGAAAUUGUGCUGUUGGCAGCUGUCUCUAGGUGAAUCUGAUCUGGAUUUUAUCAUAAAAUUAAAAAGGUUACAUUGUGUCUGUAAUCCUCAACUAAAAAUACUACUUUUGAUUAUUGAUGUUGAAAUAAAGCCUGCCUUUUUAUAGAUCACUAAUCCAGCCUCUGUCUCACUGGUACCUCAUCAAGACUACCGGUUGUCAUUCUCUUAUGUAAAAUAGACAUCUGUAGCAUGGAUUAAUUUUAAGACUAAUGAAAUAUUUAAAAAAAAUUCUAAUAAUAAAAAAAAAGGUCUUAAAACCUGUAAAUUUUACAUAUACCUAUUUCUGUUUUACAGGCUCUGCCUUCUAUUCUCUAAGCACCUGGAUCAGCAUAAAAGAUCUGCCGAUUUGUUUAGACAUAAGAGAUUUCCAUUUACCUGAUGAAGAAUUUGGUGACCUGAAACUCAAAAAGCUAAACACGGUUAACCACUGGGAACUGUGUGUUCCAAAACUAAACAAGGAAGCCAAAAGGACAGGUCUUGGGCUCAACGGAAAGAAAAGCACACUAGCACCACCUAGUGACAGCUCACCUGUCCAGCUAGAGACUAUGAAACUGUAUUCUGAUGACCCAGAGGUUGAUUUUAAACUUUUAAGUGAGGACCAGUUAAGGGAUGUGGAAUGUUCAGCUAGACUUGGACAAGUUUCCACUGAGUCCUUACGGAAUAACACAAUGCCAUCUGAACUGAGCCUCACUCCUGAUCUGUCAAAUUUGUUGAAUAGUAACAUGAGAUCAUCUAGAAAUGAGCUGGCCUCUAGUGAGUCCUCAAAGGGGGACCCAGUGUCAUCUCAACAGAGCCUCACUCCUGAUCUGUUGAAUUUGUUUGAUCUGUCAAUCACUCUCCCUGACCAAAAACCUAAAGAAAAUAAAGAUACGAACUUGAAAAAUGACCCUUUUCCUCUUACCCAGUCACUUAGUAAGACUAGUUUGGAUGCUGCCAGUCAUGGAGAAACCUGCAAGGAACAAGACGCCAAUCUCUUAGAGCAAACCAUAGUUAGCCGUAUCUCAGAUGUCCAAUACACAUCUGAAACAUUGUGUUCGUCCGAUACCCCUUCAUUUGCUGCCGAGGAUAUAGAAAUGCAUGAGCAGACUCAAACCAAAGUUGCUUCCAGUUUUAUUUUAGAAAGCCUUCCACUAGAUCCGAGCUUGGACCUGGAGUCUGAUGGUGUCUCAAGCUUAAACUCUGAGUUAAGAUUAGCUAAGGUGAAGGAAACCGCUCGCAGUGUCCUUUUCUCAUCUUCGGUAUGUUCUAUGCCUCAAGAGAACUUUGAUGGGAUAGAGGUGGUGGCCUCCGUACCAGGCUUCCCAGUGUUGGGUUCUACCCCAGCUAUCCCACCCCCUCCUCAAAGAAGGGAUUCCCCUCUUGCUUCCUGUAGCUUCAGACCAGUUGUGGAGAGUGUCGUCAGCACUGAGACUUUACCUGCACGGGUCGCCGGUGAUGAAUGCCUGUCAGCAGGAGGCGAAGGGAAUUUCUUUCCAGAAAUUGACGUCAAGCAGUGCAACACAACAGUCUCCUUGACAGGCAGUGAAUGCGAGAGGUGUGCGCACACAGAGCUGGAGGAGGCAUGUCAACAAUCUGAGCUGUGUGGAAAGCAGAGCCUGGGAUAUCCUGUUGGGACCACAGAUGGAAACUCUUCUCAGGUGCACAGUUGGUUUAACCCCUUAGAUUCCUGACCUUUAGUGACGUGGUUUUUCACAGGGGGUUAUAUUUAAUAUACAGAAACAGAUCAAUUAAAAUACUUUAGUGCUAAAGAACUCUAACGUAAAUUACUAACAGAACAUAAAAUCAUACAUAUAGCAAGGGGGUGUAGUGUUUUAUUUUUGCGGGAUGGAGGGGGGUGGUUACAGAUCGAAAUUAAUUAAAUUGUACAAUGAAAUGACACCUUAAAAAAAGAAAAAGAACGUAAUAUUUCAUUAUUUAGUAAUAUCCUUACACCCUCGACCUAAAAUUACUGAAAUGUGGCAGUUAACCAUUUGAAUAAUCACAUAAAUUCUGUAGUGUAACGCUUGUGUUAUGCUCUUUCGGGGUCUUCGACUGAAGAGACCCAGCCGAUAACUUGCUAAGUGCACGGGCGACUCCGAAAAAAACGCAUAUUACUCCGGAGUAACAGGAUUGCAGUGAGUUUUGAAUGGGAGGAGAGAGCCCAUGUUUAGCCCUCUUUAAAAAUAAUAAACAUGAGACUUGGCGUAAUAUACAGCACCCAGGAAUGCUGUUUAUACAUACCGUAGACACAACACACACAACGCUUAUAUCACAAAAAAAAAAAACCACACAACUCCUGGGGAACAAAGGUCAUCCUCACCGGCACACAAAUACAUACCUUUUAUACAGGUGUGCUUCCACUCUGUGUGUUGUUUUCAGUUAGUGUGCUAUAUCUGCAGUGUAUGACGAUUACACGACUGUAAUGGCGCUGCUUUAUAUUGGGAGGAUCUAUAUCUGUGCUGGUUAACUCUUGAAUGUUGAAGCCUUCUGUGUUACCUGUUGGUAUAAAAUAACGCCAAAUUUAAAAUCUCUCCCUUUUUUGCCUAGCAGUUGGCAAAAGCAGCCGAGUCAAAAAAUACUGCGGAUGUGGAAGAGGGGAUGAGGGAGAGGGAUCACCUGCGUCUGGUGUCACAGAUACAGGUUAGUAAGUAGCUGUAUACCUAUGUACAGGAUAUAAAAUAUUUAUUCUGCUACUCCUGUCAGCCUUGAGAAAGUUCACAUGCAGGGUUGCUUGGUUAUUUGAUGUUAAACCCAUUUCACACCCGUGUGCUGAAGCCAAUUUUAGUCUUUCACACUCACUGCAUUUAAAUACCAGUAUUGGUGGGUUUUUCAAAAAGUAACCGUCACAAAUUAUGUUUUCCUUUUUUUUUUUUCUUUCUUUCAUUCUUUUUUUUUAUUUUUUACGAGAGUAUGUGGUGUUAGUAAAUAACUUUUGUUUACAGACAAUUGUAAAUACUAAGAAAAAAGUCACCAUGCAAAAAGCAAAAAAAAAAAAUUUGCCAUUUUCAAUAUGCACUGUAGUGGUUAUGGUGCUUUGAGUGUCCCUAUUAACUUAAAUGCUCCCACCUUUUUUUUUUUUUUUUUUAAAUCAUUCAAAGUUUAUUGUAGCAUACUAUAGUGAUGUACAGGACAAUAGAGCAAUACACUGCCACUAUAUAACAAUGCAAUGUAGCAGAUUAGAAAAUGUGUGUAAGAGAAUACAAAGAUUGUAGAUAAACAAUUAAGGAGCAAAAAACAAACCAUAAGGCCGUACAAGAGAACGACAUCUGUAGACUCAUCGUUUGUGGCGUGACAGUGUGUAGUAGUAUGUGAGCAGAGGCGUGUAUGUGCACAAAAGGAAUAGCAUGAAGGCCAAAUAGUGGUGAUCGAUAAAAUUUGUAAUAAAAAAAAAAAGACAUGUUCGUUUAGUGUGCCAUUUGGAAGCAAGGCCUGAGCACGUAUGUGAGACAGCUUGGUAAUAUAAUAUGGAAUUGGCCAAGGCGGGCAUAUAUACCAGAAAUGCAAUGUGAUAAAUAAAAUCCGUAGGCCAGGUCAAACUGACAAACCCCACGUGCUUAUGGGAUUUAAAUUAGCAAUAUACAGAAAAAGACAAGUGCUGCAAAAGAGUGGUAUGCAAUAUAACAGCGUAACAUCGGUAAUGUCAUAUAAAGAUAACAAAUAAUACAUGGCAUAUAUUGAGAAAAUAAGUUAAAAUAAGAGGAAAAAGUGCAGAGAUGGUCCGAGCCCUGGCAUAAAAAUAAUAAUAAUUGUAAUCCGAUCCAUUCUUUAAAAAGAGAACCAAAAUAGGGAGAAGACUAUGUGAAGACCACCUCGGGCACCGGUGUCUCUAAGGGCCUUGGACGAGCAUGCAUGGCUGGGCAUAAAAAUGAGUAGGAGAAGGAAAUGGAAAAAAACAAACUAUUAACCCCCCCAGAUAUACUCCAAUGUAGCAGCACAGGGUAGUAGAUGGCAAACAAACAUAUGUAUCAAGGCUGGCUGUGGUAUGAUAGUCCAAAUAGGAUGCCAAACCUUCACUCGGUCCCCCCAACCGAGCAUUCCGGGGCACGGUGGGCACUUGGAGGCCGAUUCAGUCCUUUUUUUUUUUUACUUCUCUCUUAGUUCUGAUCUAUACAAAAUAAUAUAGGUAAAUAUUGAACGGGCAAUUCCUUAUAAUGAUUCCUUUUGAUAUUCAUCUAAGAGACGUCCUAUGUGUCUGAUUUGUAGGAUGGCUGUGGGGGAGCAUGUGCUGUAGAUCUGUCCUCAUGCUGGUGGGAAUUUCCGAAUCGUACAGAUUGUUGUAUCGUAGCAGCUAGUGAAUCGUCCGUGAUUCUCUGGAGACCUCGAAGUGAAGAUAGCUGGGAGACUGCUCACACAUGGAAUUUCAUGGAGGUAUGUGCAGUACAGAAACACAGUGCAGCUAACUCUACCUGUGUUACAACUUUUUAAUGAUGGAUGACUGUAUAGCCAAGGCCAGAAGCGUGAAACUAAUUUUGUUCUGUGAAUUGAUAUUUUAGACGUUGCUAUCGUGGCGUCCAUUUCUGUUUCUAAUUUACAACAGGACGUCUUUUUCUGACAUGCAUUUUAAUAAGAAUCCACAACGGAAAGUAGAGUUAUUGUUCUAUUAUGAAUACUCAUCACAUCACACGCCAUAUGCUCUUAGUGUGGGAUGCCACGCUAUGCAUUGUGGGAAUAAGAGGAUGCACUAGGGAGGUUUGAUUUAUGAAGCCAUGUUUGAAGAGGAGGAAGUGAAAUUAUGGCAUGUAUAACAUAUAAUUUGUUAGCAUGUUCUCUAUAUCGUUUCUAUGCUUGUUAUAACAGCUACUAAAACAGUAAAUGUAUCAUAAAGAUAAAUUAUAUAUUUAUUUUGUUUGGUAGCUGUUACCUUUACUAACUUCCCGUGGUUGUACAGCUAUGGCUGAAAAACACCUAGUACUAUAUUUCGAGACUUUUCAUGUUCAGUAUUAAGAGAUAUCUUCCUGUAAUUACACAUUUUACUAGAACUUCAAAGACCUGUUCCUACAAUCCACUGAAAGGCCACCAUGCCAUGAUAUCCCAGUUUUGGGCAUGUGAGUUAAUCAUUGACGUGGUUUUCUAAUUAAAAGAAAAAGUAGAUGAGAGAUGACAUUAAAUCCUAUUAAUAUUGUGGAUUCUGAUGCCAGGUUUGAAAGACACUACUCAAAGCAGUACUUCUUAAACUAAUCUUCACCAAUCGCCAACAGUCAAUGAUCUGAUUUAGAUAGUUAUAAUGUCCUGCUCCAUUGGUGGACCCUUUAAGACCCACCAAAAGUCCAGAACAUCACAAUUGCCUUGUUAAAUCCUUUUAAUUUAGACACAUGCGCACAGUUCGAGGUAACCCCAAAUCCUGUAAUAUAGGUGGAUUCUGCAGAGAUGUGUGAAGAUGCUAGAACAACGAUUCUUAAACCAGUCUUUAAGAACCACUAACAGUCAAGCUCCAAAAAUGCUCAAUGUUCUAAUAGGUCAUCAAGGAGCUGUUCUAGAGAUGUCUUGUGUGUGUUCACAAGCUGAAUACUAAUGCAGCCUUUUCUGUUUGUAGAUGCCUGUCGUCCAGAUACUUCCUCUUCCAGGAGAGAAAAAUAUUGUAUGUGUUGCUCUGGGAAACCUAGAAAUUAGGGAAAUUUGGUAAGGAGAAAAGCUAGAAUGAAUCAAAUUCUAUCCAAAGGGUCUCACAGUCCAGAAAUGCUGCUGCGUGAAAUGUAAUAUAUAUGACAUUAUAAAAUGUGAAUAAAAUCUGAUGUGUAAGGCUGUGAAAUCGUGCUUCUUGCAGCUCUGCCUUCAAGCCAGCUUGUCAGUCACAGUGCUCUUAUAAUUAAUACUCCUAUAAACAGACUUAAACAUGAACCAUGCUAUUUAUUCAUUAUCACAUAUAAUGUCAUACAGUGUAGGAUAUGCAGCAUUCUGUUCACUGGAUUAUGUUUCCCAGUCAGUUUGCAGAUUGAUACUGAAAUACUGAGAUUGAUUUCCAGUUAAUUUGGUUAUAUUUGAGAGAAUUCACCUCUUGUUCUUUACAUGUUCUUAUCUAUUCUUCUGUCCUUGUACUAACUGAUUUAUUCUAGCUUUCUUUUAACUGAUGUACCCAUUUCCACGAAGGUGGAAUGUGGAAAUGCAAAACAGCAUCAGCAAUCCUAUUGGUAAGGUACAUUAUCCUAGGACGAAAACAGAAAACUAAAAUCUUCUUUCUUGCCAGAAAAGCUGACAUUUACUUUUGGAUAAGAAGGCUGAUGGCUCUUCUUGUAAGGUUUAUUAUUGUGAAAUGUUUUCUGUUAUGUCGUUAAACCAUUCUCUGGAUUUGCACAGGUUGCUGUUCUCUUGCCCUGGAAGCCUGAAUUGGGAGCAGCAAAUAGUAAAACGUGGGCAUACGAAAAUAGCAAUGGGCUUAUCUCAGCGCCGAAUUGCCAGCUGUAGCAGCCUGGGGUCCAAUCAAGUGGUCGAAAUUCUGCAACUUUCAACAAAUGGGAGGUGAGGAGGGGAGGAGAUUUUGCUAGAGUCUUAUGCUUUCACUAUGUUAAUAUCAGUCCAUUAAGUCUUUAAUUUUUUUUGUUUGUUUUUUUUCCUUACCUUUUUUAAAUGUUACAUUUUUUUUUUCCUUUUUUUAUUUUUUUUUAUUUGCAUUUUAUAGAAUUUCACAGACUUAUUACAGGUAUACAGGGUAUGCGGGUUACAGUCAUGUUUACAGCAUAGAGAAUACAAUAUAUUGAGCAGCAUGCAUUGUCAAUGUACCAUCAUAACUUUACAUUGGUGAGAACAUGUGUUGAGCAUACAUGUAGUAGUGAUACUAGAGUUACACCGUUAAACAGAAUAUCCUGACAUUGCUAUUGUGCCUAUAUUUAUGUUGCUCUCUUUCUUGUCCAAUGGACGUGAUAGUUAGAGUUUUCUUUACGCUGUGCCGGUCUCGGUAAGUGCUCAGCUGUAAAGUAACCCACAUCUCCCUGGUGCUCAGCUACUUUUCCAGUGAAAAGCUACAAACUUGGGGGCAUAACCUGGGUGUAAUACGGGGAAGGAGGGAGAGGUAGAGGAGGGGAGGAGGGCGGGUGUUGGUCCCUUUGUCUAGUCCAGCAUAUAGGCCUGCUCUUCGGCCCCAAUAAUUUGCACCAGAGUACUCAUCCAGCUUUAAGUAAGAAGGGGUGGAGUGUGGUUCUGAGAAGGGGUGCUUAUUACCUUUUCCCUAAAGCACUGUUCUGUGGGCAGCAACGUGAAGGGUGUUUAGAGUGUUUAAAGUUUCACCGUUUCUGUUGGUAUGUGUCCCAUUUUUCCCACGCCUCCUUCCAAAAUUUUUGUGGUGGAUUAUUGGAUCUGGCCAUUAUCUCAUACCCCUUUAUGGUUUCAAUGUGUGUUAUGCAGCUCUGUAUGUUGGGGAUCAUCUGCUUUUGCCAGUGUUUGCUGAUAUGCAGCAGAACUGCCAAGAUAAUGUGAUAUAUUAAAUAUCGAGAUGAUUUUGUAUGGCUUGGUGGCAUAUACUGUAGGAGAUAAUGCUCAGGAGUAUGUGCGAGAGCUACACCUGUAGUGUUUUUAAUUAGGGCCUGUGUGUCCGUCCACAGUGGUGUCAGGACCAGGCAGUCCCACCAUAUGUGUAGCAUGGUGCCCUGGGCUUUAUUGCAUCUCCAGCACAGUCCUGUAUUCUUAGAUGUCAUAUGUUUUAGACGGGUUGGUACUAAGUACCAGCGGUAUAAUAACUUCCUGGCUAGUUCUAGAUGGGCUGUGCUGAGUGUGAGUUUCUUAUUCUCAUACAAUAUAUAUGACCACUGCUCUUUUGUUAACUGUCUUCCUAGUUCCGCUUCCCAUGCUUUUACAAACUGUAAUGUAUGUGGGUCUAGUGCUCGAUGAUGGUGAUUGUACAGUGUGGAGAUUAGCUUAAGUGGUUUUUUCGUCUGUGUGCAGAGGCUUUCUAAUGCAGUGAAAGUGCCCCACCUGUUUCCUGGAGGUAGUACAUUUUUAUUUUUCUGCAACCAUGAGUUUAUCUGUCUGUGCGCAAAUGCUGCUGCGUUGGGUAAUUGGUAUGUAUUUUGCAGUUGUCUGAAUUGUUUGAUCAGGGAUGACCUCUCCCUGAUCAAACAACUGAUGUAAGUAUAUCAGACCGCUACUACUCCAGGACGCCGUGUUCAAUUAAGGUAUCAGUCCAUAAAAGGAAUCUAGGAGUAAGGCUGGAGAGAGCCCCCCAUCAAGUCCCUGUUCCUUAUGAAAUCUGUCCCAUUCUCGUAAUGUUGUGGCUGUGAGUGGUGACAUAUCUUUAUAUUUUUUUCUAAGCUGUGGUGGAGUCCAGGCUAGGUGCGUUAUUUGUUGUCCCCCAGUGAGUUCUGCUUCUACGGUUACCCAAGGGGAUGGUUUGUCAUGUUGGUGUAGUUCGUUGACCAGCGGUGCAAGUAUAGCUGAUCUGUAAUACGUGGCUAUGUGUGGUAAUCCCAUUCCCCCUCCUUUAUAUGUGAGGUACAGGAUUUUUUGCCGCUAUUCUGGGUUUCUUAUGGGACCAGACAAAGGCAUUAAUCAAUUGUUGUGCGUCGUGAAGAAAUUUUUUUGAGAGCCCAACCUGUAAUGUACGAAACAGGUAUUGCAGUCUCGGGAGAAUUUUCAUUUUGACUGCAGCUAUUCUACACAUCCAUGAUAUGUAUUUCCCUUUCCAAUUCGUCAGCUGCUGUUUUAUGGAUGUAAGGAGUUUGCCGUAAUUCUCCCGAUGUAAGUUCCUCUCUAGUUUCGUAAAUUUUAUGCCCAAGAAAGUUAAGUGGUCUUGUCUCCAUUCAUAAUGAUAUUUCUGUUGCAAGGCUGUAUACAGCGAUGCGGGCGCAUGUAGACUCAUUGCCUGCGUUUUAGAGCUAUUCAGUUUGUAAUACGAGCAAUUGCUAUACUGUUGUAACAGAUUCUGGAGUUCUGAGAUAGAGGUGAGUGGGUCAGACAAGGGGAGCAUAACGUCAUCCGCAAACAUCGUUAUUUUGUAUGUUUUAUGUUUAAUUUUCACACCUCGGAUUUGGCUGUUAUCCCAUAUCGCCUGGGCUAAUGGCUCUAGCGCAAGAAUGUAUAGGGCUGGGGAAAGCGGGCAUCCUUGCCUCGUUCCAUUUGUGAUAAGGAACGGCUUGGAUACAAACCCGCCAUUUGCAACUUGUGCUGAUGGCUUGGAGUACAGUGCUGAGAGUAGGGAUAGGAAUUGUUGUGGGAAUGCAAAUUUUUGUAGUACAGUUCUCAGGAAGUUCCAGUGUAGUCUGUCGAAUGCCUUCUCGGCGUCCAGGGAUAUAAAGACCCUGGACUCUCCGGGAGGCGUCCCACUAUAGAGAAGGCUGUGGAGUUUCCUAGUGCCGUCAGUCCCCUGUCGCCCCCUCACAAAUCCCACUUGAUCCGGGUGUGUAAUAAAGGGGACGAGGGCCGCUACACGGUUGGCGUAUAUUUUGGCUAGGAGUUUCGUAUCUGUGUUUAACAGUGAGAUAGGUCUUAAAUUUUUUGGUUGCGUAGGUGGUUUCCCUGGCUUUGGUAGCGUGGCUAUGUGUGCUAAUAGCAUUUCUGAUGGCAUCUUCCCUGUGUGUACAAUGUGGUUCAGUGUAUGUACUAGAUGGGGGCUCAGGAUGUUCGAAAAGACUUUGUAGUAAGUGUUCGUGAAGCCAUCUGGUCCGGGUGAUUUCCCCGAAGGGAGUGUACUGAUAGUUUGCUGUAGUUCUUUCAGUGUAAUCGGUUCUAUCAGGGAGUCCUGCUGUUGUUGUGUUAAUUUUGUCAAUUUUAUCUGCGAGAGGAAGUUAUUAAUUUCAACUUGUGUUGGCUGAUGCGUUUGGGGAUCCUUUGUUAAAUUGUACAGGUUUUGGUAAUAGGCUGCUGUUUCUUCAUUAAUGUCUAGGGGGUUAUAUAUCUUCCCUCCUGUGCUGGUGAGUAAAUAUGGGAUUUUGGAGUGUGCUUGGUGAUACCUCAGUAAAGAUGCUAAUUUUUUUCCCGCUCUGUUCCCGUGGGUGUAAUGCUUCAAUUUGAGUGUUUGUAGGGUGCGUGCUGUUUUUUGAAGUAGGAGAUCAUUUAAUUGAUUUGUAAUUUGUUCUAUUUCAAUGUUAAGGCCGGGAUUGGGGUGUAAAAAUUGGGCUGCGUUUAGGUCACGCAGUUUGGUCAAUAGUGUAAGGCGCGCUUGUUGAGAAGUCCUGUUGAGGAAGGACGCUCUGCUAAUGAGCUGACCUCUAAUAACUGCCUUAUGAGCCUGCCAAGAGGUGGUAGGUGAUAUGUCAGGUUGAUUGUUAAGUUGGAAAUAUUUAUCUAUCUCAGUUUCCAAUUCCUUUUUAAAAGUGUCGUUGCAGGGUAUCGUUUAGUCGCCACGGGGCUUUCCCUCUGUGUUUGUAAGUAUCCUGGGUUAUGAGGGUCACUGGAGCGUGGUCUGACCACACUAUGUCCCCUAUGCUACUCUGUACUGUGGAAGGCACCAAAUCUCUCGACACCAGUAUGACGUCUAUUCUGGAGUGGGUUCCAUGCACCUUGGAAUGGAAAGUGUAAUUUUUGUCAUUCGGGUGUUUCGUUCGCCAUAUGUCAUAUAAGUUAUGGUCAAGUAAUAGCUUAGUGAUGGCUUUGCAUUGUGGUAUUAAGGAUCUAUGUCUAGGAGUAGAAGGAGACACUGUCGUGUCCAUAGUCGGCUGGAGAAUGUGGUUCAUGUCACCACAUAUUAUGACGCCAGCCCUGUGCUCUUGGGGUAAUUUGCUCAGUACUCUAUGCAAAAAAUUGCGCUGGUUGGAGUUAGGGCUGUAUAUGCCUACCAAGGUAUAUAUGGCUCUGUUAAUUUGACAGUGGAUUAUUAAAUAUCGGCCUUGUGCGUCUGUUUUGACGUUUAGCAGUUCAAAAGUGAGCGAUUUGUGAAACAGGAAGGACACUCCUCUAGUUUUGGAAGAAUAAGUCGUAUGAUACUGCGUCGGGUAGUCUUGUUUCCCAAAUUCUGGUAUUCUCCCACGCACGAAGUGCGUUUCCUGAAGGCACAUAAUGUCUACUUUAGCUAUCUUAGUUUCCUCUAACAAAACUCUACGUUUAUGAGGGGUGUUUAGCCCCUGUACGUUAUGUGUGUAUAUCUUCAUAAUAUGAUGUUAUGUGGGUUCGUUGCUGAAUUAGCAGUUUACUCCUUAUUCUAUCUUCCGUUCGUGAGUGUAUGUCAGUUGUGCUCAUAUCAGGCAAGAGUGUCUCUGUGGGGGUGAUAGUGAUCAUAGCUGGUGUGGGCAGUAGCUUGGACUUUCUUAUCCAUGCGGGACUAAAACAUGGGGAGGUUUAAACCGGGUAAUAACAAAAACAAAGUAUAUACAUGUAUGGGUCUUGGUACUGGUGGUGAGUACCGUGGGGGUGGAAACUUGCAUGUUUCCGUGUCGUGGCUAUGGGUCUUCCGCUGUCUCCUAACCUUUGGGGACGGUCGGUCGCACUAGGUCACCCAUGCAUCAAAUAAUAAAAGUCUUAUAGGCUCUUUGGCAUGUGUACGGCUGUGCUAAGAAAAAAGGAUAAAUGGUAGUAGGACUAAGAAAAUUUUGUUAGGCACAUUCGUAGGUACAUAUAUAUAUACACAACAUAAAUUCACCUUAAUCUGCAGCUGGUGAGCGCAUCCAGUAGGGCAGCAUCUUGCUCCCCAAUAGCUCGGGGGGCUCGUUAAAGUAGCAGGUAUCUAUUGAUUACGUACUGAACAUGUGUUAUACCAUUAUUAUUUUUAUUUUUUUAUUUUUUUUUAUUUUUUGUAGCCUCGUUUUGUCUGGUUCCUAGAAGGGUCGGGGGUCUGCUAACUGAUUGAUCUCUAAGUAGUUUAUCAGUGUUGUUCUCACAAUAUACCUUUGAUGAGGCACACGGAAAAGAUAGGUGUGUCCUCUGCAAAUCAUCGCCUCUCCCGUGAGCUACAGGCUGCUAGGGGAGACUAGUUCAGCUCCAGACCUCCAUUAAAUGUUUGGGGAUUUAUUGCUCGCCAGCUUAAGUAGCCUUAGUGAACUAUGUAGUCUAACGUGAUAUAACCAAUCCCGUGUUAACCUGAAAUUUUUUUUUUUUUUUUUUUCAUAGAACAUUGCUAUAUCUUUUCCUCAGUCCUUGGCCUUAUUGCAAGCACACAUGUAUAAACAGAUUUAUACUUGCGGGUGUCCAGCAGUUCAUGCUUUGUGCCAGUCCAGUGGGAUGCGCCUGGCAGGUGGGGUGGUAUGAUCUGGUCUUUGGUCCAUGAAUCCCCAGGAUUGUAGUUUGCGAAGUUCAUCUUCAGGUGAUGUGAUGACUUGGGUGGCGUUGUCUUUCGUCACCAACAUUUUGGUAGGGAAGCCCCAUCGAAAUCUGAGGCCAUGAGCUCUCACGGAGUUGGCAACUUGAGCGAACUCUUUCCUUCUACGAAGAGUGGACACAGAAAGAUCGGCAAAGAUCAGCAGGUUUGGAUAACCUUCCAGUGGUGUCGCUUUAUUCCUGCUUGACUUGAGUAUAAGCUCUUUAAUAUGAUAAUAAUGCAUUCGCAGUAGCACAUCCCGCGGUGCAGUUUCUGGUAGGAACCGUGGUCUAGGCAGGCGGUGUACUCGGUCCACGAGUAACAUGUCGGUAGGUAUGUCUGGGGCAUAUGCUUUAAACACGCCUCUGACAUAUGCCUGCAGGUUCUCCGGCACAACAGCUUCCGGGAUCCCUCUGAUACGCAGGUUAUUCCUGCGUGCGCGAUCCUCUAGGUCAGUUAUUUUAUUUUCUGUCGCCAGUAAUUUUUGUUCCAGUUGUUCCACAUGAGAAGCUAUGUCAUUGUGUGCUGUAGCAAAUUCUGCCAUCUUGUUCUCCAUGUGGGAGGUGCGCUUGCCUAAUUCUUGCAUGUCCUUCCUCAGCGAAUCCGCCGUGUGUUGCCACGAUGUAAUUAGCUUGUUUGACAGGGUGUCCAGAGCUUGUUGCAAGUAGCUCUUGGUGAGUUUAUCAGAAUCCCCUUCCUGCAGUACCGCUGUGUUCUCUAGGCUGUCAGGAGCGGAGCCGCCAUCUUGCGACCAGGCCCGAGCCUCCUCCGGCUCCUGGUGCGGCUUAUUUCCAUAGAAAUUAAUUUUUUCUGCUUUUGGUGCAGUCUUCUUGCCCCUCUGCUGUGCCAUCUCUUGUUUUUUAGCAGUUAUACCGCCGUGUUGCGCUGGAUGGAGUCAGAUUGCGACCCGUGGUGCCGGAGCGAAAGGAUCACACGUCCAUUCCUCUCGGCGGUUAGCCACGCCCCCCUUCCUUUUUUUUUUUAACUUCAAAGUGCAGUAAUAUUAAAUGUUAUGACAGUCUGCAGCGUAUUUUGGCGUUCAUACUCCCCAUUGUACAGUGCUGCCGAAUUUGUUGGCGCUUUGUAAAUGCUAAUAAGAAUAAUAUUACUCCUAUGGCACACAAAUAAAAACAUGAGUUGGUCUAAGUGUAUGUAAAAUGACACCCUUGCAGUUAUUGAAUACAUAUAUUUUGUCUAACAGAAGUUUAGUAUAUGCCAGAUUUGAAUUAAAGUAUGUUCUAUCCUAGCCUAUACAGUAAGUUAUUUCAUGUGGAGGGGGAAAAGGGAAGGCGGGGGGGGGGGAAGGAGGGUCAAGGAAAGGUAAGUCAUGGAAAGCUACAUGUAUUUCUGUGUGCGUCUGGAGUGCUUUGAGUGUCGUCCUGGGUCUUUAAGGGUACAUCACGCUAUUGAAGUCUAGAAUAUGAUUUUUGAGAUUGUGAGGGUAUCCGAGUUUGAUAGGGGUAGUUUUGAAGAUUCUCUGUGAGGUGAGUUCUGGUCUAUGUGGAUAUCUGGUCCAUCGGAGGUGGUGGUUGUGUUUACUUUCGUGCUGUAGGGGGUGCCUUCGGGCAUGCUAGGGUGUACAUAGUACUGCUAGUUUAGGGCACGAUUUGGCAAGUAGAGGGAGACUGUUUUUUUUUUUUUAAGAUGAUGGUGCACAUACUAUUUCUGCCCACCUCCACGGCUUGUCCUAGUCUAUUUCCACUGAAAAUGUCAUUUUCUCUACCGAAUUCCUUGAUCGUGUAUCUGUCAUGUCACCGAUAAUUCUUCGUGCCCAAGUUGGCCAUCACUCUUUCUCUGUCCGUGUUCUGCAGCUCCGUGAGAUCCCAGUCACUGAUGCCCCCUAAAGAGAGUAUCCUGGCAUUUUGUGAAUUAGAAGGACAGAAGGAUGCUUUGAUUGGGUCUACUGCGAACAAUAACAUGGUUAUCUGGUAAGUCCUGUGCAGAGCAGAGUCCUGAAUAAAUUCUAUCAUCGAGAUAACAAUGGAUCUCUCUGCCAGCCAAUGCCACUCCGAGAAUUCUGGGAAUUGUACUCACCAAUCUAAUACUUAUUUAGAAGCCAGUCUGAAUAUGUAAGUGUUUAUAGAAAUUCCUGUUUAUAUGAGCUGAAACCUCUGCAGAAUUCAUAGUUUGGUGAGUAUUUCCAGUAAAUUACAGAAUUCAGUCCCGAAUAAGCUGGUUAAUAAAGUCGGUAAAUUAAAGAGACCGUGUAGGCCAAACAUCCUUUCGGUUUACCGGCAAAUUAGUUUAACCUUGCUCAGUUUUGUCAAAUAUUAAUAGACUGCAGAUUUUAGGACUGUUUUUGGAAUGUGAUGUAAACUAAAAAUACUUGGAGUGUACGCAAUGCUGUCCUGGUGAACAAAUGUAAAAAAAAUAAGAAAAAAUUGCUCAAGAAUGAUUAAACGAAGUGGGUGCUGUAAUUGUUAUGCCAUAAAAUGUAUUAUUUUGUGAACAUUUAUGCACCAUCAUGUAAACCCCAUCCUAUCCCCUGGAUCAAAUAUAUAAUAUUACGUAGGUUUAAAAGAAUAUGAUCAGCCAAUCAGAAGGGGGGGUUAUGGUGAAUUCUGGGUAAGAGCAUGCUAUAAGCAGCAUGACCACAUAUAGUGUUGGUUGAAGUAUGUUGUUUAAAAAAAAAAAGUCCCCCUAAACUUUCAGGGCCUGGGUUAGACAAAUCUCUUUCCAUCAUUCCUAAUGCGAGUUAAACAUUUCAUCUCAACAUGUAGACCCUAAAGCAAUCUGUUCCAGUGAUUACAUUGCAACAGAGAUUGAAGUUAUUGUUGGCUUACUAGUAAACUGUGGCACCCCCAAACCCAGUCUUUUAGAAACUACAACGCCCAUGAUGCUUUCCAAAGCCUUAAAGAACAACUAUCACCUGAUGUAUAUGGCUGAAGCAUUGUGUCAUGUACUAAAGGUGGAGUUUUUCUCAUUUUUUUAAAAUGUUAUCCUUUAUGACCAUUAAAAGCUAACUGUUGGAAUGCCACUGUUUUGAACCAUCUGUGUGUUCUUGCAGUAAGCUUUAAUUUUUCUGGUUUCCAGGAAUUCUAUCACUGGACAGCUGCUGAGUAACAUUAAUGUGGGUGAACUCUGCAGCGAUUGCAUCUGUCUGAGUGCAUCCUCCGAGUCUGUAAGUGGGCUUCUCCUGACUCCUUGUAGUGUUUGAGUGUGUUUAAUGACAUUUAAGAUUCCCACAGCAGCUAUGACAAAUGAUUUCUGCUUUUAUGAAUCAGGGUCUCGUGUUCCUAGUCCUCGUCAGUCCUUACAGCAGCGAAUGCAUAUUCAGACUGAUUGCAGCUAAUCCCAGAGAAGCCAAGUGUGUCAAUGUCAUGCAGUACACCCUACCAGAAGAUCACACUGGCAGGUAAUGACAUGAAUCAUCAACAAUCUAUGUCAGUGGUAAACAUACAGCACAGUUUGGCUGACAAAUCAUGCAUGAUAACAACACACUUCAAGAUGGCAGGUUAUUAAAGUUUAAAAAAUAAAUAAAAAAAGUCUCCAAAAUGUAAUAUUAUUAUUUGUAAGAAAACCAUUUUGCUUUGUAUUCAUCAGAGUACUGGUAUAGGUAUUAUCUCGAUUCUUUAAAGGAAAUUUAAAAAAAAUAAAAUAAACCAUGAACUAUCCAUCCACACAUCUUGCGCACAAUAGAUUUAUUUAAAACGCUUGCCCUCUAGUAUAGUGCCCAUUUGGAAAUCUCUCUUGCAGGUUUUAGCUAACUGAUAUGGGCAUCAUCCUACUAUAAAGACAGCAAGUGUCUCUUGUCCGCAGUAAGCUUACGUAGCAGAUAAUUCUUUUGAAAUCCUUAAAUUCCGCAGCAAGUUGUGUUAGAGAGCCGAUACAAAUUUUUACAGAUGGAAUUAUAGUUUAUACAUGUUUUGCUUUAAAUGUAGGUAUCUGGAAGGAAAUGUGAAAAAUCAGAAGGCAGUAGCGGUGUUGACUUGUGGAAGCAUUGCACUCUGGGAAUUAUCCAGCCGUCAGUGCUCGUCUCUGCUUCCUCCUGCUCCAGGCACGCGCUGGUGCUUGGUGCGAUGGGCCCACUCCUCUUCAUCUGUACUGACUGCACAAAACAAUGGAACCAUAUGUGUGUAUUCAUUAACAGAACCCAGCCAGACAAGGAUGAGCGAAGAAUUGGCGAUCUGGGACAUUGUGUCUCCAAGUGUUCUGUUUUCCUAAAUAACAGUGUCUGCAAAC